GGAACUAAAGUGGAGUACUAUCGCAUGUUCGUAGAAAUUUCCUUCACAAACAACCAAAGCCCACCUACAAACAAUUGGAUCGAGUAGGAGUGGGUGAACAUUUCAGUAUUUCUCUGUCGUUGCAGUAGACAGACGGCCUCGCACUCACGCACCCCCGAACUUGCAGUCGUCGUAGGCUCUGCACAGUUCAUCGCAGUUCCCUCUUUCCCUCUCAUCCAUCUGCCCAUCUCCAACCUUUGCGGCCAGAGUCUACUCCAAAAUCGCCAAUCAGUUGCCUGGAUCUACAAUCUACGUACUGGUGACUUAGUGACCAGCGAGGAGAUCGGGCUGUGCAAGCUAUCUUUCAGUUCGGUUACCUGUGGUGAUGGUCCACAGCGGAAAGAGGUAGCAGCUUCCUAAUCAUGGGCAUCCGAGACCGAUAGGAUCUUGGACAUCAACGUUCACCGUACCUCGAGCUCUCCCUCCAGGAACAGAGAAACUGAUCUCCAGACUCCAAUCUCUAUGAGCAUAUCAAGGGCCAUUGGGGUCAUUAGUGGCCUCAAUGAAUGUGUCAAUUUGUUUCAGUGGGCUGGAUCUUCUAUUUCAUAUCUGCGCUCCCGGUGGUCUGCAACACAGGAGGAAAGUAUUCAUCAUGAAGUAUUGCACUUGCAGAGUGGCUUACAACGUCUUAGAGAUACCCUGCCUGCAAUGUACGGCCUUAUUGACCAAGCAGAGUGGAGGAUCCACGAAGGUCUUGUCUCUGAACUCCUUCCCAGCCUCAAAGAUGCAGUGAAUGAUGCUGAUGACCUUCUUGAUGAGUUCAGAUGGCAUGAGCUAAAGAUGGAGGUGGAGGGCAAUGCAGAUCAUUGUGCUUUUCUUGACUUCUACAACACCACCGUACAAGGAAGCUUCAACAAAGUGAAUGUUAUCCAAGAGAGGAUGAAUAGUAUUUCUGGCCAGCUAGGGAAAAUGAAACUGUAUGGAGUGACACCAGGGUUCGACAAAUCAGUCAGGCCAGACACUACCCCUUUCCCGAAUGAAAAAAACAUAUUUGGUCGUGACGAGGAACUGAAGGAGGUGAUGGGAUUUCUCGGUGUACCUCAAACUCAAAGUAAAGGAAUGACCUGUUCAAAACGCAAGAGAGCAAGUAGCGCAGUCAAUGCAUCAACAAGCACAUCAGCACGGAACCAAGUUAAUGAAUCAAGAAUACCAGCUAUUCCUGUUUUGCCAAUAGUUGGAAUGGGGGGCGUUGGAAAGACCACUUUGGCUCAACAUAUAUGCAAUCAUCAACAGGUGAAAGAUUACUUUGAGUUAAUAAUCUGGAUUUGUGCAGAUGACUUUGAUGUGAAGAGAUUAAUUAAAGAUGCCAUACAAUCCGCUUCCGGAAAAAAGACAAAACUUGAUCAUUUAGCUUCUCUUCAACAUGCUCUUUCUGACAGUGUGAGCAAUAAACGGUUCUUGAUUGUUGUUGAUGACGUGUGGGAUGAUGCCUUGAAGGAAAAUGAGCAGCGUUGGAAAGACUUUUAUGAUUCUUUGACAAACGUGGUACAGGGAAGUAUGAUGUUGGUCACAACAAGAUUUCCAGAUGUUGCUGAUAGAGUGCACACAAUGGAGCCCAUUCCAUUAGCUGGUUUGAAGGAGGAUGUGUUUUGGGAUUUCUUCAAACUUUGUGCAUUUGGGUCUGAGAGUUCCGAGAAUGAUCCCGAGUUAGAGAGGAUUGGAAAAAGCAUAGUUCCAAAGUUGAAGGGUUCUCCUUUGGCCGCCAAAACUCUUGGACGCCUAUUAGGAAAGAACCUUCAUACAACACAUUGGAAUAAUAUACUAGAGAAUGAACUCUGGAAUUUGGAACAAGAGAGGACUGAUAUUUUGCCAGCCCUUCGAUUGAGCUACAUAUAUUUGCCAUUUCACUUGAAGAGAUGCUUCUCAUUCUGUGCUGUAUACGCCAAAGAUCACAGAUUUGAAAAGGGCCGUCUAGCUGAAAUUUGGGUAGCAGAAGGCUUUGUGGAACCUCAAGGUAAUACUCCACUUGAAGAUAUUGGCCAUCAGUACUUUGACGACCUUGUAAAUAGGUCCUUCUUUCAACAAGUUCGUGGUACAUACGUAAUCCAUGACUUGCUGCAUGACAUGGCAAAACUAGUGUCAGGUCAUGACUGCUUCACCAUAAGAAAUAUGAGGGACAUCCAAAUGGUUCCCGAGAAUGUUCGUCAUCUGUACAUACUCCCAAGCAGAGAAUUGAGCUCUUCCAACUUGUUGAGCCUAAGCAAGCGCACAAAAAAGCUGCGUACGCUAAUUUGUGACAAGUCUUUUGGGAAUGAAGCUGCAGCUAUAAUGGACCGUUGGUGUAGUGAGCUUCAGUGUUUACGUGUGAUUUUUUGGGCCUCUUCAAAUGAGUUGCCAGACAGUAUUGCCAACUUGAAGCAUCUUCGGUAUCUUGACAUCUCCAAGGAUUGUCCUUUCAAGAGUUCUUCAGCAUUCUGUUCCCUCUAUAAUCUGCAGAGGUUAUAUGUGGAGGAGUGCAACUUAGAAAGUUUGGCCGGUGACUUCAGUAAGUUGAUAAGUUUACGGGGAUUUAAAUCACGGGGAUUUCAAUAUUAUGCAGGGCGUGAACAGAGCAUUGAUGCAACCAAUCAGUGCGAAAUGAAGUUAUAUAAGAAUUUUAACCAAUUCGAUGGACAUAUGGACAUAUCGAAUCUUGGUUCUAUGAGCAAGGAUCAUGCAGCAGAAUUCAAACUAAAGGAUAAGAAAUAUCUUCGCAGACUGGCACUGAACUGGUCUUGGGAUUGUUCUCCUGAGAACCGUGAGAGAGAAGUGCUUCAAGUCCUACAACCUACCACCAGUCUCAAAUCUCUUUUCCUCUUUAAUUAUCCAGAUGUGUCGCUCCCAAACUGGUUUCAGCCACGUAUAAACUUAAAUGAGAUUCCUGAUGUGCUAGUUGACAACAAUAAUGACGAGAUUAGUACUUUGUCGUCCCUGGAAGAGCUAUCCAUUUCUUGGUGUCAAAAUCUACGAAGUGUCGAACAACUUCUGCGUCCAGCUUAUGUGCCUGCCAUCAAGAAAUUAAGGAUUUUUGCUUGCAACCAGUUAGUAUCAUUACCAACUGAAACGUUUGGGGAUUUUAAUUCCCUUGAGAAGUUAGACCUGGAUUGUCCAAAUAUCUGCUCAAGAAGUUUGGUGGCGCACUCCCUCUUGAAGUUGAAACUGGGAAGUUCUCGGAAUCUCACAGACAAUAUCCAGUGCUGCUCCCUCACCGAGUUUUAUUUAUCAUGUGACUAUGUCAUGGGCAUCCAACCCCAAACGUGGAAUCUUCCAGCUCUACAAAAGUUGCAUGUUAAAAAUUGCAGAUCUCUUACAAUUGUUGGACAAGGACGACCACCCAUUAGGGCAUUCGAAUCCCUUACAUUGCUAAUCAUUGACAAUUGUGAGAACCUGAAAACCAUUGAUGGUCUCCUAACGGAACAAUGUUUGCCUGCCAUUCGAAAGAUUGAUGUCAGGAAUUGUGGCAAGUUACUGUUGAUUUUUGGUGAAACGCCUGGGAGUCUUCCUUCCCUGGGAGAUCUGUUGCUUUAUGAUUGCCCUACUCUCAGAUGGCCAAGGGAAUUAGUGUUACCAUCAUCCUUAAAAAGGCUCCACUUAGUUCGAUGUGGGGAUAUCUCUUCCUGGUAUUCAAACUGCCUACAAAACUUCAAAUCUCUGGUUGAACUGGUUUUGGUUGGAUGUCCAAGUAUAACAUCCAUUCCACUCGGAGUCUGCAGAAAUAAUCUCACAUCACUUGAUGAGUUGUAUAUCUCGGGCUGUCCAGACCUUGUGUCAAUUGGUGGAGCAAAGGCAGUUGCAAAAUUAAAGUAUGUGCGCAUUAAUGAUUGUCCAAAGAUGGAGGGUCUUAAGCAGCCUCUGAUUCGAGGCCGCUCAAACACAGAUAUGUUGUCCCUUAGACUUCAAUCUUCUCAUAAAUUUCCGACCUGUUUGUGAGGAGAGGCCGCUUCCACUAAUCUUAUAUUCCACCUGCUUAUCAUCGAGUGAGAGUUAGACUCGCAUCAAGGCCAGUGAGGAGAAAAAAGAGCAUUUGUCUCGGUUCCGGCAAUCCAAACUUAUGAUGAUAAUAACUACCGGUUCCGGCAGAAGGCGUCUCUAGAGCCAUUCAUAACGUCUCGAUGUCUUCGAAGCGAGUUUACUUGUUCUUGGCAACGUGUGGUACAGACGCCAUCUAGUAAUUUGUAUCGCAUUUCUUUGCGUAUUCCUGAUAUUUUUUCUUCUGUAUUUGGAAUAAGUGAGGGUAAAACAUGUACUGCACAUCUGCGCGUAAGUUUCUUUUAAUCCGUGAUAAAUUGCGUGUGACUGUAGCAUCGCUCGCGUACGCGAGGGGGCGGCUAGCGGCUGCAAGCCUGCACCUGAAGCAACACACCCCGGCGCAGCGCAGCGCAGCCGACAAGACACACGCACGCGGGGCCACGCUGCGGCCGGCCGGCACGGGAGACGUCAUCCAUGGCGCGCCCGCCGGUGGAUGCGCCCCGCCCCGGCCCGUAGUUGUUGCCUUGUUGAUGGUGCCGCUAUCUCUCGUCUUGGCUCCGGUUCCACAGUCAAGCGCGUGAGGUCACAGCUCCCCGGUCCGGGCCCCAUGCCAUGCCAAUCAGAAACCCACCCCACACCCCAGUCCACACUCGUCGACGUCCACGUAGCAACAACUCACUCAACGGGGACGCCAUAGGAAGAAGAAUAAGUGAACAACGAAUAUCACGGCAGCCACAUCAUACCCCACCUAACCCAACUCGCGUUCCUUCCAACUCCGAUAAGCCGCCGUUCAGAAAAACGUGCCAGUACUAUCCCGUAAGUUCGCAGCAUUUUCCUCCACAAAAGAACAAAGCCCACCUACAACCAAUUAAUUGAUUCGAGUAGGAGGAGUGGGUGAACAUUUCAUCAUUGUUCAGGUAGACGGCCUCGCACACACGCACAUUAUAUCGCAGUUCCCCUCCUUCCCUUUCAUCCAUCUCCAAUCUUUGCUGCCAGAGUCUGCUCCACCAUCUGCUCCAAGAACGCCAAUCACUUGCCUGGAUCUAUACUGGUGACUAACUGACCGGUGAGUAGAUCGGGCUGUGCAAGCUAUCUUUCAGUUCGGUUACCUUGCUGAAGCACCGAUUGAUCAGCGAAUGAUGAUGGCCGACAGCGGAAAGGGAUAGCAGCUUUCCAUAUCACUGGCACCCAAGAUCGAUAGGAGACCAAAGAAAUUGACAUCCAGACUCCAAUCUCUAUGAGCAUAUCCCGGGCCAUUGGGGUCAUUAGUGGCCUCAAUGAAUGUGUCAAUUUGUUUCAGUGGGCUGGAUCUUCUAUUUCAUAUCUGCGCUCCCGGUGGUCCGCAACACAGGAGGAAAGUAUUCAUCAUGAAGUAUUGCACUUGCAGAGUGGCUUAUGUUAGACUGUAUAUGGAUACGUAGACUUGUGUAUACGUGUUGUACUUGUACUUGUACCCUCUGGUACUUAUAUAUAAUGAGAUAGCCGCACCCCCCAAGGGUGUCGAGCAGUUGCCCCAA